CCUCCGCCUCCCCCACCACCAGCUCCACCUCCUGCUCCCCCACCAAGACCACCACCUCCAUUUCCUCCACCAAUACCACCGCCUGUUCCACCUCCCCCACCACCAGCUCCCCCACCAAGACCACCACCUCCAUUGCCUCCACCAAUACCACCGCCUGUUCCGCCUCCAGCGCCUCCACCGCCACCAGCUCCUCCUCCAACUCCACCUCCUGCACCUCCACCAAAACCACCUCCUAUGCCUCCGCCAAUGCCACCACCUUUUCCACCACCACCACCGGCUCCUCCACCAACUCCACCUCCAGCACCACCACCGACUCCUCCCCCAACUCCACCGACUCCUCCACCACCUCCUACACCACCGCCUUUUCCACCUCCAACACCCCCACCAGUACCACCGCCGACUCCACCACCAACUCCACCGCCACCACCAAUUCCUCCCCCUUUGCCACCUCCACCACCAACUCCUCCACCUCCAGCAGCACCACCGCCUUUUCCACCUCCAACACCCCCACCAGAACCACCACCGACUCCUCCCCCAACUCCACCGCCACCACCAACUCCUCCACCUCCACCAACACCACCACCUUUUCCACCUCCAACACCACCACCAACUCCACCACCUUUGCCACCACCUUCACCUCCUCCUACGCCUCCGCCAACACCACCGCCUUUUCCACCCCCACCGCCAGCUCCUCCCCCAAAUCCUCCACCUUCACCACCCCCUUUUCCACCUCCAGCACCCCCUCCAAGUUUAAGAUUUUUGAAGUCUGUGUUGUAA